ACUUGAUUGAGCAUUUAAAAAACCUUUGGUGUCAAACAUGUUGCCUCGCUGCCUUACAACUUUUUAAUAUAUAUUUGUGAUUGGACAAACUCGCUUUUAUGUGUGAAGGAAACACUUACCAACACCUAUAGUGGCAGAUAACAGUUUCCAUGGAAACAUGCUUAGAGGCAACAUGGAGUUCCUACAGUGGAGUUGUGAUGAUGUUGCAAGAUGGAUUGAGUCUUUAGGAUUCCCACAAUACAAAGCGUGUUUUACGGAGAACUGCAUCACUGGAAGAAAGCUCAUUUAUGUCAAUUGUAUCUACAUGCCAAGACUUGGAAUCACAGAUUUUAAAGACAUGAAGGUCAUCUGUGCUGGUGUGCGUGAUCUUCUGGGGAUCACAGAGACCCCGUGGAGUCGCAACAUCGCUGACCCUCCACGGGACAGCAUGGGCUUGUUCUUGGAAAAAAAGAGCCGGACAGGUGAACGGGCGGACAACCUCACCUACCAGCAGUUCCUGGAUGACAUGCAUCAGUCAGAGAGACAUGAGUCACACCAGUAAAGGAGUGCAGCAAAAACCAA